CCGCGCCGCUGCUCCCUCUGCACGCUGUCGCCGUCUGGCGGACGAAAGCGGCACUGCAGCUCCCGGCUGCCGGUACCGGUGACACCAUCGUGGCUGCCGUGCGCGAACCACCGGGCCCUCCUGCCACGUCCCUCCUGCCCUGACACCGUAGGGACAUCGGGCUCCUCCACCAAGCCGCUUGCUUACGGACGUGAUGGCUUCCAUUAACCAUUACCCCUCGGGGCGGAGGAGGAGGGAGGAGGUGCUGAAGCUCCCGGGGCCAUCAGUGACUCCAACCAGCACCUGGAGGAAACCCGAGCUCUGCCUGAGGAUGGCCAAUCCAGACCUCUACCUGCGUCAGCCCUGCCGCAUGGUGCACGGCAUCCCCAUGGUCAAUGCCUUCUCCCACAACUGGGAGCGCAUCGACACCUUCCAGAGCCUCCCCGAGGACAUCCUGGUGGUCACCUACCCCAAAUCUGGCACCACCUGGGUCUGCGAGAUUGUGGACAUGAUCCUGCAAGGUGGAGACCCCAAGAAGUGCAGACGGGACACUAUCACCAGCCGGGUGCCCAUGCUGGAGUUCUCUGCACCUGGGGCAAUGCCAGCAGGAACAGAACUACUGGCCACCAUGUCCUCACCCCGUGUGGUGAAGACCCACCUGCCUGCACAUAUCCUGCCCAAAUCCUUCUGGAAAAACCGCUGCAAGAUCAUCUAUGUGGGGCGCAAUGCCAAGGACGUGGCUGUCUCCUUCUACCACUUUGACCUGAUGAACAAAUUCGAGCCACACCCUGGGACGUGGGCCCAGUACCUGGAGGAUUUCAUGGCUGGCAGAGUAGCAUAUGGCUCCUGGUAUGACCAUGUCAAGGGCUAUUGGGAACGGAGGAAGGAUCACCCCAUCCUCUACCUCUUCUAUGAAGAACUGAAGGAGGACCUGCGCCGGGAGAUUGCCAAGGUGGCCAAGUUCCUGGGGAGGGAGCUUCCAGAGGCAGCUCUGGACACCAUCACCCAGCACACCUCCUUUGAGGCCAUGAGGGACAACCCCACCACCAACUACACCAUGGUGCCCUCCCACCUCAUGGACCACAGUGUCUCCCCCUUCAUGCGCAAAGGCACCACUGGAGACUGGAAGAACCACUUCACGGUGGCACAGAGCGAGCGUUUUGACCAGGACUAUCAGCAGAAGAUGUUGGGCACUGACCUCUGCUUUCGCACACAGAUUUGAGACCCCAACACUCCACACACCUCCCCAGCCCACUCACAUUGGUUCUGCUCCCC